AUGACCUGGACGACGAACAGUUGUUUGAUCACUCUGGCCAUCCUGUUUCUCUGGCGGGUGAAAGAAAUAGCAGAAGCCUGCAGCUGCUCCCCUGUGCACCCUCAGCAGGCGUUUUGCAACGCAGAUGUUGGUGAGUAGACUAACUUUUACAAGCAAAACCAGUGAAAGCAGAGUUGCAUUUCAAGUAGUUUGUUGUCUAUGUGAAGUUGGAGAGACUUAAAGUUACUUUGUAUGACAGAAAUGUGAAUUUUGAGGUGGAAAACUGUGCAAACUAGUCCUCCUCUUCUGUUUACAGUUACAGGGGGAGGAGGAUGGAAAUUUCUGUCUUUCACUCUGUUCUUUCCACCACUCCCCUCCCUCCUUUUUUUUUUUCUCGAAUCAUCUGUUGACAGUCUUGAUUCUGCAAAAAUGCAACCACCAUGGCACUUCACUUUUAUCUGUUUGGUUUACUUUUAGAGUGAAAUAAGAGCAUAAAAAGUUAACAGUUGAAGAAAAUAAUCAACAAAGGUUUUUUAGCCCCUACUUUUUCUGCUCAGAAUUUUUAAAUGCAGUUUAUAAACUAUAUGUGGAGUUUGUUCUUAAAGAAAACAACACAGGCAUGGGGAUAUUAACUUAAUCUCCUGAGUAAAUUUAACAGCAAAAAGUAGAGACAUAACAGGGGCGUACUCAAGUUGUUUGAGGACCAGGGGCUAGAGAAUGGAAAGGGCACCUCCUGUGUGCUUUAAGGCACCCGCACACAGACAGUUGUGGUUAAUGAUCAUGAUUUUGAAGACCAUUUUGUAAGUUUGUAAGUUUUCUGUUUCCUGCACAUUGGGUUUAGUUCUGGCCUGCUGAAAGUAGAGGUGGCCUGGUUAGUUUUUAAGCAAGGCAAGGCUCAAGUAGUUUUUGAAACCUCCAAUUCUCACAAUGUAAUGAAAGAAAUGAGGUGAAAAUAGGAAAAGAUGGGGUCUAAAGUUCCUUCACAAGCAACUUUGAAAAUAUAUCCUGUAUUCUGGUAAAUAUUUAUGCAAUAAUCUUUGUUAUAAAGACACAAAAUCAUUCAUACAUAGUUAAAAAAAAUGCUACUUCAUGGACUAUACUUAAAUUCUUGUAAGAUUUUAAUCAUGAUAAUUUUAAAACAAGAAGUCUGAAUCUAACUAAUCAAAUUUCGGAGUUAAAGCUACCCUGUGGAGUUUUUUAUGUUUAUAAAAUGGUCAAAAAUUUAUAUUGUGCAUUUUUUUAUGAUAUCCAAAAGCAAACAAAACCAUCAGGUGAAGGAUUAAAAGUUCGUAUAUUGUAAUUUCAAUGCCUGGAGAAGGAGUGAGGGGGUAGGUGUCUGCCAAGCAGGUGAAGAAACAGCCAUGUUUUUAUGAUUUACACCAAACAAGCUCACGACAAAUGAUGUAUUUAACUGCCACAGGUUUGGACACUAUCUAAGACAAACAGAGCCUGCCACAAAUCAAAAUAUGAGCUUUAACUAAACACACUUCAAACCUUAUAUGACAAGUUUUCAAUCAUGCUCUGCUCAGUCAGAGAGGAUCAGAGAGGGGUCUUUUUACUGACUGGAAAAGUACCCAGAAGGCACUUUUUACACUUUAUUAACUGGAAGGGGCAGCAAUGUGUCCAAAAAAAUGGCACUGAAAAAGACAUUCUGUGUUGUUAUAUCUACAGGCGAGGCGACACUUCUGUGUUGUUUUUAAAGACACGCAGGCACCACCCCUUUUUUGAAGCACACCACUGAGUUGUACCAUCCUCAGCUCAAUGGUGAAGCAAUAGUGCUACGGACUACUCUUUUAAUGACUUACGAAUGGCAUUUGAAACUGGAGUCAAUGAGAGCAGUUUUCCCUCUUACUUACCUAUUACAAAACACCGCCUGUUGCCGGCCUCACCUUCAGGUCCAGAGUCUCAACAGUGAGCGGCCUGUGUAGCUGUUUGAACGCAGGUUUGCUGAGGGUCUUUUUUCUCGGUUGUGAGGCUGGCUCAGUGUGUGUGGCAUGUACACAGACGCUGUCUUAUUCAAAGAUUUCACUUUACCAUCGGAUUCCACGACUGGGGCUGAGGAAACCACAUUAUCCUGCUGGGGAGUUUACAGUAUGGGAAUGUGAUUUUUCAGCAGUUCCUUUUUAAUGCUUUCCUUUAAAAGUUGCUGCUUUGCAAAUGUGACCAGAGGGCCGAUGUAGACGAUCGGACAGAGAUAGAAAAUGAGCCAAAAUAGUUUGAGUGUUUGAUGGUGAAGUUUAGGCCGUACAAACACACAAAAACAAAAAGAAAAGAGCAAAUGGUGUUGAGUUUAAAUGUAACUUUGUCCUUUUUUUUUAAAACAUUACAAAAUUUUCUCAUUAUUUCUUUUAUGUUUUACAUUAUUUGGUUAAUUUAUCUGUUUUGCUGCAUAAAAAGAGACACUUCAACUCAGUUUUAGAUGCAGUUUUUCGUGUAUUUGCAAGGCUAAGAAGCAGAAACACCACUUACUUUAAGUAUUGCAGUACUUCUCAAUUGACCUCUUUCACUAAUCCAUAUUUUCACGAGUCCUAGUAUUACCUUAACCACCCAUAGCUCAGGUUUCCUGCUUCAGCACCAUGGAUAGACCCUGCUACUAACAUAAACCACCAUUUUGACCUAAUAUCAGCUUUUCUUGUGCUUAAAACGCUCCCUGAUGUGCUUCUUUUCCCAUCAGAAAUCCUCCUGAAACUACUUAACGUGACAGUUUAAAGAGAAUAUCGCGCCUUAAAAAGUUAAAAUAGUUUCCUGUAGUAGAUUCUGAGCGAAAGCAUGUUAAUUUGAUGUUAUAGCCGUGUUAAUUUGCUGGCUGCUGCAUUGAAAAUGAAUGGGUGGCUGACUUUGCAAAAUGAGAUGCCACACUCUAAAUGAUGGUCACUUUCGGCUCAGCCAAGCACUCUGCUAUUCAGAACAUCACUCUGCUUUGUUUCCAGCCCUAUACCCUCCAAACUACUGAUUAUUUUCCUCUCUGUUAGACUGUUUAAAAGAUAUUAGAAUAAAUCACAGCAUUAGUGAGCGCAGACAAUCAUUUGGAUGUGUUUUCCAUGCUGUUACUGCACAAGUAAGACAUCGCCUUGAGGAACCCCUACUUACUGUCAGACAGUUUACUGAAGUGAAAGUAUUAUUUAAGUCGAGUGUCUGGAGCCAACGGAAAAUUACUCAAGAGCAUGAGUGGGUCAAAUUUGGUUUCAGUGUCUCAACUGAAAAUUUGAAACUGUCAAGAACAGUCAAAACUUACUGAAUCAGCCCCUUACGUUCUUACUGUACCGGGUGGAAAGAUAUAGGUCAAAGCGCAGACGUAAAAACAUCCUAUCCUAAUAUGGGAAGCAGCUGUCAGAGGAGAGGCUUUUAUUUACAAGUCUACCCAGAUGUGUUUUUGUCUUCUCUUCUUUGCACUAAAUAAACACAGAAUAUCAGAUAACUUUGACCUCAAAGUUUCAUUUAUCCUGUCAAAUCAAACUGAGUUGGAUGAAAAAACUAUUUCCACCCGGGCAAAGAGAUGCAGGUUGGUCACAUGCUGCAUUUGUGUGUGUUUUACAGCUUCUUUAACAUUUCUCACUGAUUUUUGAAGAAGAAAGCAAAUUAAAGGGAUAUUAAUUAUUACGUAAUUAUAAAUAUUAUGAUUGUAUUGAUUUUGAAACACCUGAAAAAGCUUAGCCAUGCACUUCAAACUGUGCUUACAAGAGCUGCUAGUCAGAGUAAACUGAAAAAGUUCACACUUCUUCGAACUCUAGCAUCACCAGCGGCUAUGCAUUUCAUUAAAAGAUCAUGCAGGCCAAUAAAUAAUGUGCUCAUUUUGUCAGCAACAAAUAAGGAAAAAAUAGUAAAUAUAAUAGAAAAAAAAUCUCCUCAAUCAUAUGCGUUAAAGCUGCUGUAAGGGUCUUUUUAUCCCAAGUUUGGCGCCCCCCUGUGGACAAAAUAAUUUUGCCUUUUUGUCCUGUACGCGCUCUAACAGCAUCUUCAGCCAAUAAAAUCUCAUCCUGAUGACUUUUUAAGGUCAAAUAUCUCUUUGGAAAUUCUAAAAACAGAUGACACCUACCCCCUCGCACCAAUGGUACACUUGCAACAUUCAUGUCUCAUUUGGUCUUUUUUUGGAAAUCAUAAAAAGGCAUUAAUUUAAAUGUCAGUGUAUUUCAAGGAAGUCAAAAAAAAUCCUCACAGGAGCUUUAAAUAUCUUCAAUAAUUAAAUAUCUUCAAUCCAUUUAUCCUCAUAGGAUCAAAGGAGGAUGAGUCUGAGUUCUUAGUUUGACAUUUCUGGUCCGUGAUCUGACCGCUUUGUGGCUUCUCAAGGAGGAAAUGCGUGUAAAAGCCCUGCAAUUACAUGACAUGCAUUGUUUUUUAAAGCGCUCCCAUAACCACAACACUGUGUUCAAAAUAAUGUGUUUAUUGUUUCAGUAACUUGAAAAUUACACGCUGCUCUAAAUCCCCAGUUUUCUAUAACAUAUGGUUUUUAAAGCGCUCAGUCAGCUCGAUCCUGUAAACAUCUUCACGGUUUGACAGAUAGACAUCAGGUCAAUACUGAUAACCCAAACUAGAAGUAUUACUAGAGUAAACUCGAGUAUUUUGGGCUUUUAUUGAUUAUUUGUUACUAAAUAAAUAGUGUUUAUGGAAACAUUCUGAUAGAUUUGCAUGAUAGAAAACCCCAUCUUUCAGUUUUUAAUGCUUGUGCUUCAAUUGUUUACAUCCAUAGAUAUGUCAGUGUUUGUUUGUUUUUAUACUCUGCAUAUUUUCACCUGCCCUACUUUAGUUUGGUAAAAGGAGAAGUUCUCUGUGUGGGAUUCUGCACACUCAGGCGAACAGGAUUACCACUAAUCCACUGUGUAGCCCAAAAAGUUGGACUGUAUCCGUCUUCAGCACUUCUCACUCGCAGCGUUUGAAGGAUUUCUCAGUCCAAACUCGUCUUUGUCAUCUCAUAUCGUGCAUGUAAUAUUCCACGGCUGCAUCCGUGCAACACAGCUCCUGAUUUUGCAAGUUUUCCUGGCUUUAGACUUCAAUUCUCUCUCUCUCUUCUCUUUCGUUGUGCUCUCUGCCUCCACUUUUCCAUGCAACUCGAUGUUUGUGACAGUUUUCUCCUUUACCUCCGCACUGCGACUGUCCAUUUUUCCUCUGAUCCUCUGCACGUAGAAUACACCAUCUGUGCACGCUCUCUUAUUUUCCCUCUGUUUUCCCCCUUUUUUUUUUUGCUUCUGAGUCCACUCUUUAAACCCUUAAAAGGAGAUGUUCUCUAAGACUGUAUUGUCAUCAAAUUGGGGCACAUGUGGCUUGCAGCUUCAUACCUUUCAUCAUAUAAAAAGAAAAUCAAAAGGCCAGAUCUUAUUUGGUUUGGGAGGCAGGCUGGAGAUGGUCGGAGGCUGUCAGUAGCUGCCACCUUGUGAGAGAGCGAGAGAGAGAGAGAGAGAACAUCUGGUUAUAAUUACGUCUGUCGCUACUUCCCUCCGCUUCAAAGAUUUCCAAUAUGAUCUUGUUAACCUAUUUUUUAUCGCUGCAUCUCGCAUCUAACUAGUAAUCCAUAAGAUUGGCACACGAUCGAUGCUUUACUGGACUUGAUCAUUCAGAUUCACAUGACAGGAGCAGUGUUUUCGAAAUGCAUGAGUCAUAUUUUUUGUCGAGUAGUCAGUAUUUGAGCUCAAAAGCUCAUCCGUAUGGCUCUGAUCAUACUUUUCCACUUGAACUGUUGUUUUUUCCCCUCCUUGAAUCUGGAAGCUGCGACUUGGUAGCACAGACCAGAAUGGGAGAGAGAGAGAGAGAGACAGGGGGAAAGAGAAAGAGGGGGGAGAGGUUGAUUUGCAUGUCAGCACCUCACUGCAGACACAGAGGCAGGCCGGCGGAGAGGCCUGGGGGCGAGGAGAAGGAGAGGGGGGGGCAUUCUAGUUCAGCUUUUUCAAAGAUUGCUGACUAGCUUCCUCCUGCGUCGGCCCAGCAGCCUGGGAGCCGGCAGCGCACAUUCCUCCCUCUGAUUGCAGCUGAUGAAACACUCAUGUGCCGCUUUCUUCCCUGCACCUGGCACAUGCAAACUCUUUAGAUCCAAGCCACAGCAGUGAAUCCUGGCCAACACCAGCAUGCCAAACCUAGGAAGGGCUUCUAUCAGACCCAGACUCAGAUGGGUUGAACUCUAACAACAGUGUUUAAAGGGUUUGUUUCAAAAAGUGUAAACACGGUUUGUUUUUGUUUUUGUGUCUGUGCAGUUAUCAGGGCGAAGGUAGUUGGAAGGCAGGAGAUUGAGGUUGGGAAUAACAUCUAUGGAAACCCCAUCACACGAAUCCAGUAUGACAUCAAACAGACCAAGGUACACAACUUAAAGCCAUCAUCCUCGAAUUACAGUUCAAACAGCGCUCUAUGAAUCUAAAUGUGCUUUUCUGUUUGAUUCAUCAGAUGUUCAAAGGUCCAAACCAGGAUAUCGACGCCAUCUACACCGCCCCUACCUCUGCGGUGUGCGGAGUGGAUCUAGAGACUAACAGCAAAGAGUAUCUGAUCACAGGUUAGACCUCGAGCUCAGAUCACGCUUUAAAAUACAGGACAAAAAUUAUGCUCCCGAUCGCAUCUAAUGUCUUUUCCUUCCUCCACAGGCCGGCUGGAGAGCGACGGCAAGAUGCAUGCCACAUUGUGUGACUUCAUCGAGCCGUGGGAGGCCCUGAGCGCCACCCAGAAGAAAAGCCUGACUCAGCGCUAUGAAAUGGGCUGUGAUUGCAAGGUAGAAACGUUAAAAAGAUACAUUCAGCAAAGUCGAAUUAGCCACUUCUGAGCGACCACAGACUAAAAGAAGCUUAAAAAUACAUACUGCUCGCAGUAAGCACAAUCCCUGAUCUCGCUCUCUUCUUCUGUUUCUUAGAUCACUCGCUGCACCUCCAUCCCCUGCGCGGUCAGCGGCCCGGCCGAGUGCCUGUGGUUGGACUGGGUGAUUGAGAAGACAGUCAACGGAGAGCAGGCCAAACACUAUGCUUGUAUUAAGAGGAGUGAUGACUCUUGUGCCUGGUACAGAGGGUCAGCGCCGCCCAAAAGGGAUUUCCUGGACAUCGAAGACCCUUAGCUCCACCGCCGUCUGAUAGUUUGAGGAUAGAGAGAUAGACUAAAAUACAAAUACCAAAAACAGCAAUAAAUAUGCAAAGCAACUUUUGUAUUUCCUUGUUAAGAAAGAACACAGGGUUUGUGCUCUGUGGGGAGGUUGAAAAGAGUGAAAUGUUUUUUAUGGACUUUUUUUUUUAAACAACAGUCUUAUGAAUUCAGCACUUUCAGACACUUCUUCCCCUCAAAUCCAACGCACUUCAUCAUAAACCACUUCUGCCUCCGCUGAAAUAAAGGAUCAUUUUCAACUUUGACUGUUUUGGGCAAUUCCAUUCUUGUGCUAUCUUUGUCAUGUUUUAAUCAAAGACAGUGUUUAAGGUGAGGUUUAUAUUUCAACGACACAGCAGAUACAUAACUAUUCAGUCAACGUUUGUGUUCAUCAAAAACAUGAGCUGCCAGUUCACUCUCCCUCUCCAGUACGUGACAGCAGAGCUAUCACUAAGAACGAAGGCCAACUCCUGUGUUGAAUUAUUUCUCAUGCUAAGUACACAAAACUUUCCCCUUUUUUAAGAUGCGGCCAACCUGUUUUUGGUAAUUGUUUUAUUUUUUUGAUAAUCCUGAAAUGGAAAAGAACGCACUUUGAACACAACCGUCUCAGUGGCCGUAUUGCAAAUUGUCUGAUAGAGGAUUGAAUCCUCCUUUUUUUUUGUAUUUUUUAUAUUACAUCCUUGCUCUUUAUGCUUCAUUGUAAUAAAGUUUUUUAAUUUAAGAUACCAUGACUAAUCAUAUUUUAUUCAGAAAAGCCAUUUUUAAUACAAACUGUGACAAAAAACCCCACCAUUUUUAUCACAUAAAGAAAAGGGCACACAUUUUCAUAACAUAACAAAACACAUUAAAUGUGCAUUAAAGGCCUACCUAACUGUCGGCCAUGUUAUUUAAAGGAGUAACCAAUCAGCUUGUAGUGCAGAUCCUUUGAUGUGACCGUAAAAGUAUUGAGCAUUUGUUUUUGUUUUUAACUUUAAUAACUUUUAUAAGACUGUAAAAUGAUUCGUCAUUUGAAACUGUAGCCAAAUAUGCUGUCUUGUGCUGGUUUCACAUGAGACGUUUGAAGUGAUUUUUGCAUGCAUAUCCAUUUGAAACAAUACUGUACAUUUUUUGACUAUAAUAUUAAAUGUCAAAACCUGUUUAAACUCCUUGUAUUGACUUUUUUUUUUUAUCCCUCUGGAUACUACUCUUUGCAAACACGACACCAACUGCAAGAAAGUAGGAGUCAUUUUUGAUUCAAACAUAACCCUGACCACCACAUCGACAAAACCCUCCAAAUGAAAUCAAUAAUGUCACAAACAAACCGGGGAAAAGUUACUCAUGCACUCCUCUGUUAGAUUACUCCUCUCCAGGGUCACAUAUAAAUCACUCUCUUAUCUGCAGCUGGUCCAGACCGCUGCACAAUGGCUUUUAAAAGGUUUAACAUCACAUCAUACCUUGACUUACUUCUUUUCACUGGCUCCCUGUUUAAGAUUUUACUGAUCACUUUAUGAGCUCAUAUGGACCUUGACCUUAGUUACAUUAAAGAAAUCUUGACACCACAUGUGCUGUCUCGUAGCCAUAGGUCCUCAGACGGGGGGUUUAGAUCCUCUGUUGCUCCAAAGUUAAGGCUUAGAUGGAUCCAAGGGAGAUUUUACUUGUACUUGUAAAGUUUGAUUUUGAGGCCCUCUAUUUCUGCCAAUAAUACUGAUUACACACCUUCAUAAAUCUCUUUGAUUAACAUUCCAUGACAUGCAAACAUACUUUUAUCUUGGCGUUUUUUCUCUUCUUCCUCUUCCUUUUCUCUGCUCCUGAAGAAUAUGUCCUUUUUUUCAACAUUGUUUCGCCCCACAACUACCUGCACUUUGGAUGCUCAGUGCACAUUGCACAGCAGGAGGCACAUAACGUUAGCGGAGCUUUGACAUAUCGGCGGUAAGAAUCAUAGGCCUACAUCAGCAGCAGCACUAAGAUGUUUUUAAUUUAUUUUAUUUUAUGUUUACAAUAGUAUAUAUUUUAUCACAAAGAAAGCAUCACUCAUGCAUGCAAAAAAUAAAAAAAAUAUUAAACAUACAUUGCUCUUGGGGGUUGUGGGGCCCUAAGCAGGCGCUUAUUAUUAUUAUUAUUAUUAUUAUUGAUGAUGAUUAUAUGAAUAAUAAUAAUAAUAAUAAUUAUUAAUAUUAUUACUAUUAUUAGUGAUUAUGAUGAUGAAAAUAAUAAUAAUAAUAAUAAUAAUUAUUAUUAUUAUUAUUAUUAUUAUUAUUAUUAUUAUUAUUAUUAUUAAAAACCCAGAAUCAUACGUCUAAAAAUUAUGUGUUGUUUUAUUUCACUAUUUAAAAAAUUGUGUGAAAGUAUGUGCAGCGGUACCUGAUCUGCGACACUGUAGCAGCAAUCUGCUGCCGCCUAGCGGUGAGAGCGAAUUAUGACAUAGAAAGAUAGUCCCUCACGAGCCUAUCCAUGUGAACAGUUAUGAUACUACCAGCAUGAAACUCCUAGGUUUCCUCGAUAUAAAAUAAUGAAGUUAUAUAAUAUUGAUUAGAUCUGCAAGCCAACCUUGGAGCAUGAUCUUAUUUAUAAGCGAGACCAAAAUGUAACACCUAAUAAUAUUGCAAAUGUUUGUUAUGAAGAUAUAAAACAACAAAAAUCACAGUAAUACUGAGAAACAUGACUAUAAAGAUGAAAAGCAACCCUCACUUUGGACAUGUUCUAUUCACUCUGCGCUUCGAGCCCUGAAUGACAUAACUCCUGUGAUGGUGUGCAAAUAUGGAUUAACACAAGGGCAAUAUACGGAAAACUGCACUUACAAUGAAACCAACAAAAGGGAUGGAUAAGGUAACUGGAACGGUUGUUAUGUGAACAAGAGGGUGCUUAGUAACAGCGCCAUAUUGGAAGUUGAAACAGAGCCUGAGUCGACAUCAAACCCAUUUCGGUCUCCUCUCAUUGUUUUAUUGGAGAUUGUGGACAUCUACCUCCUCGCCAACGAUUGCAUCAAUGGUAAACAGCGCUGGCUGGAAGUCACGUGUGGCUCUCUCCCGACAGCGCUACGUCACUUCGAGCCCCGAUUGGCUGAACCUCGCAGCUACGGUGUGACCUGCUCUCCCAUUGGUCCUUUAUGUGUGUCAGUCAUUUUUGGCGCCGCCCUCUGAUAAUGCAGCAUGGGCGAAAAUACCAGAGUCGAAAGCUACAGCUGAGGAAGCAGAUCUUUUACUGUCAACGAUUUUGGACGUUUGAACGAAAGGUGAGUGAAUGAAGGUUGUUUUAUACGGUACAAUAUUUGCAAGCACGUAUAAUCCGCGUUAUUCCGUACAACAAACGGACUUAAAUGUGGCGGUUGGGGAUUGUUAGCCACCUGGACGCUGAGAUGCUAACCCACAUUGCAGCAUUGGGGAAGGCUGGAGGCUUUCGCCACGUUCAGCUAGCUCGCUGGCUAAUUUUCCACUGCUAGUUUGACGCUUACAGAGACAGGAAAUGAAGUAGAAGACAACACAGGGAGGCUCGUAAUCAAAAAAUGGCAAAUAAAGGUGUUUCUCGACGGUUUGUCAACAAACGUGAACGUGCAGGUCGUCAUUCACGUCGCUGUGGUGUACGUUAGCAACCUUAGCAUUUAAGCCACGAUGACUGGCCCUCAAGAGUUGACUCUUGCUCGUACAGAGGCGUCCAGAUUUGUAAUCUAUAAUCACAAAUAAGGCUUGUUAUUUUACCCAGUCUAAUAGCUGUAUAAUCUAGCUCGGAGGACAGAAGGAUUUAAGAAGUGAAGCAGCAGCCGUGGUGCAUUCAGGUGCUUCCGAAAAAAAUCAAUCGUUCCCGUUUUCUUGCCCGUGAGGAGGUACGUGUGUUUAGAGGUGAACGUAAAUGUUCGACUAAAGCUGUAAAAGGUGACCUGAAAAUAUAAAAUGCUGACUCAAAUUCACUUCUCCUGAUAUUAUGAACAAUAUUUUAAAAAAGAUUUAGAGGUAAUCAAAAUUCUUCACUCUGACAUGUUGGGGAAACGUGUCAUUUUGUUUUACUUCAAGCUGAAGACGUGAUCAUUUAAAUGUAUACUGAAAUUACUCACCAACCCUAAAUGUUUUUUAGUUUAUUUUUUUUUUAAUUUCAGAAAAAGCAAAUAAAUAGCACCACCAUAGACUGUAUAUAGAAUAGACAGUGUCUGCCUCCUCCGAGAACAGCACCCUCUGUUGAUGGGCUGCAGUAUAGGUCAUAAAUCCCGCCUCCUCCAGCAAUCCCUAUGGAGCUGUGGACAAACUUUAGAAAUUUAUUACACAGAAUAUAAGUUUUUCUCCCCCCUGGUUGCGAUGUUGACAUGUAGUUAUUGUCAGACUGGUUUGUGCUCAAGUCCUCUUUUUUCUGUGCAGCUCCAAUUUUAAAAGUUAUUCAGGGGUUCAUGUUUUCUAUGAUUGACACUUGAUACAGCCUGUGGGCGUACGAAGACUGCAUAGCUUACACAGGCGAUUCGCUGUUUGAACUGAGCGUCAUCACAAUGACUCUCGGGGAUGCCGAAUGCGCACGAUGCUACUGCGCAAUGCUGGUUUCAGGAAAUGGAGGAAAAACGCAGAAUUACCGAGAGCUUUUUGGCUUCAAAUCCAUAUACUGGCAGAAGGCAGAACCAAGUUGUCCAUAGUAUAUACAGUCUGUGAGCACCACAUUUGGUAAUGCCCUCACUAUUAUGACAAAUGCUUUAAAAGCAGUGCAAAAUCCAAAGUGAGUAAAAAAUUUGAAUUGAUUUAAUAUAACGAAUCACAACAAAACUGUAUCAAGCCUAUUUUUGAUACUUUAAAAAGACAGUAAUGAUGAAAUUGAUUAUAUCCCAACUUUGAUUAUUAACUUUCUGAAGAGAAGUAGUUUGAGAUGCUUUAGAAAACGGCUGUAUGUGACAUUCAACAUACAGAAAUCUGACAACACAGCGUCAUACUUGCAUGCUGCUUUGUUUAAGCAAAUUUGUGUGGUAGUUCUGCACUUUUAGACAGCAUACGAUGCACCUUAAGUACAUUCUACCAUGUCCAAUCCAUCAAAAUGUAUUGUUUCUCAUAUUCUCUAAUAAAAAGCCAUUACAGCCUCAAAUAUCAUCUUGAUUUUAUUAUUCAGUGAUAUGGAAAAAGUUCAUUUUGUUUUUGGCUGUUGUUUUAUCUGUGAUUGGACUGUCAGAUGAAUUAUUGAACAACAUUAAUAAAACUUUUAUAAAUGCAGAAAUAUCAGUGGAUCAUUUUCAAAGUAUACGGCUCGCAGCAAAUCAUAGAUAUAUAUUUUAAUUGCUUGUUUAACUUAUUAAAGAACAUCAUGUAGAUAAAUAAUAAUUUUGAAACCAAACAGACUUGACACAUUUGACGGUUGAAGGGUUGUCUAACAGAAUACAUUAAACCAAAAGGCAUAUAUGAUAGAUUUCUCAAAAACUGCAGUAAUCUGCGACUGAAAUUAUCUGUAAUUUUUAUACAACUUCUGCAUGUGUUUUGAUCAUUAAACUAUAAAUACUACUACGAUUACUCAUUAGACUACAACUAGUACUAAUACGUUAAUGUACUUUUGAUUUGCGUGUCCAACAUGAAAAAUGCAUUUCAGAGUUUUCACCACCCGCGUCUCAGGAUAUUUCUGCACAUUUGAACGUAUAAAGGCCUCGAGCAUCCUUAUCUAACCUGAGGUUGACAGCUCUGCAAAUUUAUCACACUCUAAGAUCAUGCUCUGUAUUUGUGACUCAGAUUAUAUCUGUGUGUAGCUUUCACCACUCUUUAAAAAAACAGGUGGAACUAUUCCUUUAACGACUAAUUUUGCUGUCAGUUUAGCUGUUAUGACACUUCCUGGAAAAAUAAUAAAACCACUCUGUCACAGCAGAGUGUCUGGACUUAAUAAUCCGCUCACAUCCAUGUGUUGUGGUCAGUGUAUCAACACCACUCCGCUCCACUCCUGGUUGCAUCACUGCAGUUGGUUGUGUCCCUGCAGGCUGCUCUGUCGCUCUUACUUGUAUCAGUAUCAGCAGCAUGUGAAGGUCAGCGUGCCCUUGUGCAUACAAUGCAUGUUCAGCCCUCCUUCCCUCCUCAUGACGUCACUGCCCACUCUGAUGAGCACCACUCUCAUGGCACUACAUGCCUUUGGUGUUUUGAGUGGAGUGCUGCCGUAACAUCUGCGUGUUGUAAUGCCCUCACUUUGACUCAGGGUUUGUUGUGUUUGCUACAUCCAGAGUAAAUAAUGCCUACUAGAGAAGGAAUGAUGGGUUUAGUCACUUCUAAGUCAGCGUUUGAGGCUUUUUUUGUGGGGAGAAAAGCUCAGAAAAUCAUCCACCCUGCUUACUCUGGCAGAGAGUCUGUGGAUAUGCAUGCACUGUUAUCUGCUAAAACGGUCCUUCUAGUGUACUCAGCAACACUGUAUUUAAAGGGAAAGCAGACUGCAUGUGCAAAUGUUGUCUUUCUUUUUCUUUGUUCCUCUCCUUAUAAAAAUGACUGAUCGGAUGGAGGUGAUCGUGCACAGCUUCACCAAAGACACACGUCAUUUGGUGGCAGAAAACUCUAAAAACAUCGAUGCUGGCAGUUGACAACAGCAGUUACCUCUCGUGCUCUACAUGCUCAUCUUUUCCUGUCUCCUACACCCCCGCCACCCACUAUCCACCCCCACCCUGUUACCAGCGUCUAAUGUCUUGCAUAACUGUGAGGACAGCUGCCAAGACCCAGCUGGCUCCUGAGAUGCACUCAGUACUUCUAUGUAUGUGGCCUGGAGAUGUGCCGACUGAGACAGAGGCAGACACAGAGGCACUUUAGGGAUUAUCUUAUGGAUAAAUAACACAUUAGUAUGAUUAAUACGAUGUUUGUGUUUGGUCCUGCGCAGAAGCUUAAAUUACAAAGCGAGUCCAUCACGCUCUCUUGGGUAUCUCUUAGUCAUGCGGCUCCACUAACCCUGGCAGUGAGGACCGCGCUUGGCUGUCGCACAAAGCUGGAUAUCAACCUGAUAAGUCAGCGUAGAGUUACUUUGAGCGCGUUCACACGAACAGGCCGGUGUGUGAGCGACACAUGAGCAGAAACGGGCGCGAACCGUCUGCCGUCAGCAGAUUGUCAUAUUCAACAAACUCAUAACCAAACAAUUUGAAGUUAAAGUUAAAAUUCAAACGGCAAUCAACACAGCAUUUGAGGAGAUAAUAAAAAAACACAGACUGAAUGUGCAAAUAAAGACCUAUUGUAUCACUUUCUCAUCAUUAGCCUGUGAAAGAUUAGACUAUAAUAACUCUCAUUUAUUCCCUGGAACUGAUUUGUCACUCUGAUUUAUUCCCGCAGCUUGUAUGACGGUUCUAGACGUAAUAUUUCAGCCGCAGCCCAAAAGCUCGCAAACAGAAUUAUGGAGAUGAUAAAAAUGAAUGUGAACAGCGUGAUUCAGAGCCAUAAUCUUGCAUAUUUUAUAUCCAGUAAUUACAAUAACUUGAAAGGAUGAUGUUCGUUUGUUCAGUCUGUGUUGAAAUAUGAUGCAGGGAAAGUACAACAGUCUCUGAUUUUCCUCCUCCGGUGCUUCAGGAUCAAGUAAGCUGAUAACCUUCCCCAGAGUAGGUUCGGUGUUCAGCAGCUACAGACUGAUCAAGAUGAUUGACAGAUUGUUAUGUGCAUGAAGUAAUCAGUGUAAUCAUUAUAAAUUCUUUUUUAUCAAAUACAAUUAAAACUAAACUAAUAUUAAAGUGAUAUCGGCAUUAUUUAUCGGUAUAGGCCGCUGAAAAAAGAAGAUAUUGGUUGGUGGGGUGACACAGCUCAAGGAAGAACAUUUAUUAUUAAUAUGAUGAUUAUUACUUAAAGGACAUACUAAAGAAAUGAUCAUAAAUGUUCUUCCUUGAGCUGCGUAACCCCGCUGUAGUCCAUAAUGGAUUGGCCUGUGGUCUCACCACUAACAAAUGUCUGCUGGAAGAGAGUAGGUAAGUUGUGUUUAGUCUUUUUGCUAAAGAAAUCAGGCAAAGUUAAAAAGAUGUUUGGUGGCUAGUACUAUGGCUGGGACGCUAUUUGUACUGUUGAUGAAGUUAGGUGCUGUUCUGAGCAUUAGAGUGGCGUUUUAGUUGAGGUUUGUGUGUGGCUCUGUGUAUUGCUAUCGUGCGGUUGUUACUAAAGUUGGUUUAACUAGAGAAGCAACAAUUAUCUCUCGGGGGGUUGUCUAACUUAAUGUUACGGCGUAUUUGGCCCUAAAUUAAUUUUACACUGGAAUACUCCUUUGACUACAUGAUAAAGAGCCUCAUUGCAAUAUUUUUGUAAAACUUAAUGGAGCCUUCAAAUUAGAGCGACACCAGUACUUUAUAAACCGUCCUGUUAAAGGCAGAAGACUUCCUUGCACACCAUCUUCCAUUAAUCGUUGCUUAUUUUUGCUUCCUGUCCCCUCUGGGUCUGUUUUUCUCUUGAAAUGGGUAAAAGAAGGUUUAGGUGUGCAGCCCCUGCAGCUUGGAAUCUCCUGCAAGAGAAUCCGGUCCUGCGGGAGCCGGUCUCUCUGAGUGUGUUUAAAAGCAGAUUAAAGACUGGGGGGGAAGAUGCAUCGGAAUGUAGAUGCUCUGAACGAUGACUCUCUGCCGGAAAUGUCGACGUGUGUUUUGUUUUUGUUGUGCGUUUGUACGUCUGUAACUUUGCGGUUCAUGUAAUGUAGCUGAAAUUUUAAGUUUUUGGGUUUGUUGCGACUAAACAAAACAACUCCAUUUUGUCUUUCUCCACAGUGAUGUUCCAACAAUGCCGAUAGUGGAUAAACUCAAGGAGGCUUUGAAACCGGGCCGAAAGGAGACGGGUGAUGAAGGUGACCUCAACAAACUCUUGGCUUCUUCUGCCAAAAAGGUCCUUUUGCAGAAGAUAGAGUUCGAGCCCGCCAGCAAGGGUUUCUCUUAUCAGCUGGACAGCCUAAAGAACAAGUAUGUGAUCCUCAACCCCAGGAACGAGGGCGCUGCAGGCCAGAAGGCCGCAGAGCCCGCUCAAAUAAAGAGGCAAGGUAAGCGCUGAAAUUGGAACUGUGAAAAAUGAGCAGAUUUCUUAAAAGCUUAGCGCUCUGAUAAUGACACAAACUCUCCUCUCGCAGUAUCAGAAAAUGUGGUCGGGGGCCAGAGCGAUGGGAUCCCGGCCCCUCAGAAGAUGCUCUUUCAAGGUAACAAGCUCACUCUUAAAUGGGAGCGAGUGUACAGGGUGGGAGCCGGCCUCCACAACCUCGGGAACACCUGCUUCCUCAACUCCACGGUGCAGUGUCUCACCUACACCCCGCCACUCGCCAACUACUUACUCUCAAAGGAGCACAGCCGUGCCUGUGAGUACUCGAACCCUGCUCUUCAACUAUUUAUUUCACCUCACACAUCAUUAAAACUCGAUAAAGUUACUGGAGGACCUUUGUGCUCACACUCAUACUCGGACUGUCUAUCAGUCCUUUAUUACCGUAUUGACCCUAAUAGAUAAAUACAUCCAGUAACAGUGACCCAGUCCUGUAUUUGAGGUUUGAUAAUUACAUAUUGGCUCUACUUAUCUGUGAGCCCCUCGUGUCUGAGGCCAGCUGUGACUCACCGCGAUGGUUUCAGGAGUAUGACGGGCGGAGUGACGCGAUGAACAAAGGUGCAGAAAAGUGGGACAGGUUGACCAGAAGCUCAGACAGAGCCAUGAAGGCUUCUGGUCGUAAAUGCAGCAGAGACAUUUAACAGCUGUCAGACAGACAAGAGAGAUGCAGCUGCAGGGUGUAAUGUCUUGAAGGAGUGUCUUAAAAUGAGAGAUCUGCCAUCAGUCUGUUAGUCUGUGAGUUAUUUAAAUUAUUGUGGUGUUGAAAUACUCAUAGGUGCUUUGUUUACAUACACACGUGAUCACAUUUUAUUCCGUUUAAAUCUGACAGUUUAAUGUUAAAAGAAAUCCAUCAUUACCGCAAAUGAAGAUGUUUUCUCAGAGGUUAAAAUCGAGCCAAAAUGAUUGAGAUCACUGUCCACGCUGUUAGACCUACUCAAGACUCGACUCUUGAAAUGAAGAAAAUGGUCUCAAGUUCUUCCUCCAUCAAGAGAGAGUAAUAAGUCACUCCUGCAAUACUGAAGAAAGCUUCCUCACUCACCUCACUCGUCCUGUUACCGGAGGUCGGAGUCGCAGGCUUCUCCCGCUAAAUUAUUCUGUGAUUCGGUGAACGAAUCCUUUGAACAAAUCUUUUUAGUGAACUGAUUCUAGUGAUUCAGUACAUCUAAAGGAACUGCCGUGCCCAUCACUACUGACCGACUUGGUAAAAGACAAAAGUUUCAGUCUCAUCUUACUCCAGUUGACCUCAGUUGUUCCACCAGUGUGUCUUCAUUCUGCUUCUAUAAUCUUCUCUUGUAUUUAUAAUAAUAAUAAUACUCUCUCUUCCUCGACCACUGUGGUGAUUUUCUUUGUGUUAACUUUGGCCUGGCUUUGGUUGGUAAUCGGUAGUUGCAUCUUGAUGCGUCUCGAGUGUAGUGAGAUUGUUUAUAGGAGUGACAGCUGAUUAUGCCAUCAACACUGCCUACUGUGUUUAAGACAUAUCCUGUUGAGUUUUGUUGCUCGUUCUUUUGAAAUAUUACCCUGAACUUCUUUCUUUCUGAAUGUGUCAUCUAGCACUGAAAGUUUUUGAAGGGAGCUGAUAGCAUUCUGUAAAUUUGAUAAAGAUAAAUCAAUGAAUAAGUCAGGCUGAUUAAUGGCAUUUUGAAAUAAUCGGCACUGUCUAAUAUCUGGGACUGAAUUAAAUCAUGAGCAAAUUAUGUCUGCAGACACUACAAGCUUCCUCAUAGAUAAGACAUUGAUUAUAUGAUGAUUUGACACACUGAAUGGCAGAAAAUCAAAUCUAACAGCUAGUGCUGGACGAUAAUUCGAUAACAAUAUAUAUCGAUCGAUAGACUUGUGAUGCGAUAGAAAAAAAACGGGUCGAUAAAAAGUUCGAUAGAAAAACACAGUUUCCCUUUCUUUUUCAUCAUAGCCUAUCAUGUAGCUUUUACUACAGUCAUUACUUCCUCCCAACCAAUCACAAACGCAGACCCAGGUACGCUACGGCACCAAGCCCAGCCCCUCUCAAACCACAACAGACAGCACGUGUAUUAGAAAUAAUGUUACAGCAAGGAGAAGCGGAGGACAUUGUCCCGAAAAAAGGUUUCAGUAGUUCACCAGCAUGGCAAUGUUUUGGUUUUUAGAAGUCUGACAAAAAGCGAACAGCGGUCGUUUGCAAAAUUUGCAGAGAAUUAGUAAAAACCAAGUCUGGUAACACAACCAGCUUGUUUUACCAUCUGAACCGGUAGCACCGGCAGGAGUACGAGCUGUGUCGGCCGCUCCGCGGCUCCACGUCGUCGUCGUCGGAGGAGGAAUCCUCUGGAACCGCUGCCAGCACCAGCACAAAGCAUGUAAAGCAGACCAAACUGGACUUCGUUUGUUGCCAAAAUACGACAAAGCGUCCAAGCGGCAUAAGGACUUCACCCAUGCAGUAACAUGCUCCAUAGCGAGGGACACACUGCCAAUAACUACCGUUGAAAAGCCUGGCUUCAAACAGCUUCUAGCCACUCUUGACCCGCGAUAUGAAGUCGGCCGCAAGUAUUUCUCAAACACAGCGCUUCAGGCAUGAAAAUGGGUCAGGGGUUGAGAAGGUGAGAAGGGUGCGGAGGAAAUACGUUCCGGUGUUGUACCGUAGAAUGCACCCCUGCAUCCCGUCCACUCAUUAGCUUCUUAAAGUGGAAGAAAAUGAGCUCAUAUUUUACAAAGACGCGAGUAUGUGGAUCAUGGCUACUAGCAGGGGGUGCAUUCGGCAGGGGUGCAUUCUACGACACAACACCGGCGUGGAUAAGUCCUGCUUCUCGUGCUCAGUUUGCGUAUUAAGUCAGUCACAUGAUAAUUAAAAAUAAAUAAAUCUCCCGACCCCGGGAGAAAUAUUUCAGUGUUCAGACACCAGGUUGUGGGCAGUUUCCCACACAGUUAAAACUGGUAGUAUGCUAUUCCCACCUAAAGCUAUUCUGUUUAUUUAUAUAUUUGUUUGUUUUGUUUAUCUUCAUCAAAAGACUUUUAAAAUAUUUAUUUAUCAGAUUUUCUGGUCACUUUAGUCUUUAUGUUUGUCAGUUUUUACUGACGUCACUCAGGUCACUUAAGUUGAUUUCUUUUUUUUUUAAGUUCUUUUUUAAAAAAACUUUCAGUUGUGGAAAAAAAAAAAGGUGGUUGAAUAAAGGUUUGAAUUUGAAUUCAGUGCUUGUGUGUUCUUUAUUAAAAGUAGGUCAUUAAGCAAUAGCAUAAAACAUCCAGGGCUGCAAUUAAAAUAUAUGUUAAAUAAUUAUAAUAAUUAUAUCGAUAAUUAUCGAUAUCGAUCAAUAUGAUUUAUUUUUUAUCGAUAUGCUUUUUUUCUAUAUCGUCCAGGCCUACUAACAGCUACUGUCAAAUGUUUAAUAUAUAUGCUGUUAUAUUUUGUCGAAUAAUGGAGCUAUAAAUACAGUACAUCAUGUUCAGAUCUCAAUGUCACAGCUCAGCAUAUUUUUUCUAUUUAAUGAAUCAACUCAAAAUUCAUCUUAAACAUGUUUCAGGCUAAAAUAACCACAUAUAUGAGAUCAUGAUAUGCAUAGAUUAAUGGCUUUUAUAUUAAAUUGUUAUAUUUUAUAAAAUGCAAAUUGAAAAAAAAUCCCAAACAUCACCGUAACACAUCCCCUGUUGAAAAACCCAAUUUUUAAUCCUGGUCCCGUCUAUGUUUAUAUUUUUCUGCUUCCAUAAGACACUGUUCAGCGGAGUUAACAUGAAGUCAUCAGACUUUGCUGCCGGCACAGAUCACAAAAUGCUUUAAUUACCUGGAAAGUCUAAAUUUAAACAGAGAGAAAGGUUAAAAAAAUAAAACACCUGCUGAUAAGAAAAUUCACUCUUAGACCUUUGUUUCAUAAUCUUGGCUAGAACGCAUUUUCAAUCUAAGUGAGGGUUUCCUGAGCUUGAUUCCAUCUUGACAAAAACCUCUCAUAAUUCUUGACUUUAUUACCUUUAACUCAUCACUGUGUUUGGUCUGUGUUAACUGACAUCAAAUCUCAUUUGUUGAAGUAACGCUGCUUUUCUCUGCUCUUCCUCCGUCCCUGUCGUUGGGUCUGUUUCAGGUCACCAGUCAGGCUUCUGUAUGAUCUGCGUAAUGCAGAAUCACAUCAUCCAAGCCUUUGCCAACACGGGCAACGCCAUCAAGCCCGUCUCCUUCAUCCGAGACCUGAAAAGUGAGUCCCCCCUCUCCAUCCAUCUUCUUUUUAAGCCUGUGUUAUUCUGUCUGAGCAGUUAGUGCCGGCUGGCUUCACUGUGGGUUAUGUCAGGAGCUGCAGACACCUGAUGUUUGGGUGAGCGCUGCCUCGGGCACUGUGACGUAACACCGGCCACAUGAGCCCCAUGUGACAAGAGCCAGUUACUGCAGUGUGAAAGUGGAGCGGACAGACUGCAGGGUGUGAAUGAAAACCAUGAGAGGGAGUGGAGAUGAGGUGUGGGCUGCACCUUGACAUGCUGUAGCCCCCACUCUCCUCCUUCCCAAGCCCCUCCCCGCCUCUCCCCUUCCUUCCCUACCUGCCUGCCUGCUGCUUCCUUCUGUGCUGCUGCACUCCUGCACCUCUUUUUCUGCCUCUCUCUCCCUCCUCCCCUCCUCUCCCGAUGCCCUCUCAGUCUCCUUGUGACUGCGGGCUGAGAGGAGCAGCUUUAGCACAAAAAAAUACAGUCCUUUUUUUUUUUUUUUUCCUGUUUUCUCACCGACACAUCGAGAAGUGCUGUUUUUUUUUUUAAGCAGGAAGAAAUACGGAUCACAGCAACAACACUGAGACACAUUCGAUAAAAAACAAACAAACAUCUGCAUCUUUUUCUCAGCCUAAAUUAAACCUCAUCAACUCGGUCAAACGUCACUUCUUCUUCAGGAUGUUCCCGCCCUCAUCUCUGAGUGGAAAUGCUCUAAACAGGUCGUUGGAGCGUGGUGUCUUAUUCCGUUUUUUUUUUCCCCCCACAUAGCGGUGACUCAUGGCUGCACAGGGACGCUAUGCCGGGAACGUGGUGACGAUGAUGACCACAAUGUAAUUAACCAGCUCAUACUUCAACUUCUUCCAUUAGGAAGAUUACACCAGAGGCGCACAGAGGGUUUAGAGCGGUGAUGAAGAUGAGAUGAUGGACGAUUUCCUGUUGAAAUUACCGAGCGACUCUGAGCCUUUGAUUCAGAGUCAUACUUUGAUAUGAUGUUGCAGAUGUCCACGCUGAGAUGUGGCUAAUACCUGACAUCAGGUUGUACUAGGGAUGGGCGAUAUAGGCUAAAAAAUUUAUCACGAUAAGUUUUGCCAUUCUGCCGAUCACGAUUAAAGUCCCGAUAAAAAAUAUGAUAAUUCCAGUCCAUGUUUUUUAAUUUGUCUUGACUUCCGUCUUGAGGACACCAGUUGGCAUGGUCAAAUAAGAUACUUAACUACAAGUUUAGGUGGUAGGUUAUAGAGAAAACUAGUGAAAUGUGUAAACACUUUCAACAUUUAGAGUGAGCAGAUCUACUGUCCGAUGUCAGACAUACCUGAUUGCAGUCAUCUAAACCCCAAUCUUAAGGGUAAAUCCCUCAUGUAGAGCCUCGUUUAGCAACAACCUGCUCAGAAACGUCUUCUUCACCACCUUCCGCCAUGUUUGUUUGUUUUGAUCUGCGUGGGCUACGGCUGCAAGUCUGUCGCCUGCACUUCGUCAUCAACUUGCAUUAAUUGUGUUUAGUGUAAGAUGGCAAAUUUUUAUCGUGGAGGAUUUUCCUGAUGAUCAAUCGUGAACGAUAAUUUAUCGCCCAUCCCUAAAGCCGUCAAGUCUGCUUCCUCACUCGUUUUUGCUCUUAAACGAUUCAUUACGUCUCAAAGUCAUUCAUGAGUUUUUCUUUUUGUUGCGAGGAAAAAUCACAGCUAAUUUCUCUUUCCAAAGACAGAGGCAACAGAAAACAGUUUGAUAUUUUUAUCACUCUGGGUCAGAAAUUUAGAUAUCUGUGUGCUCCCUAUUAGGGCUGGGCAAUAUGGCCUCAAAUCAAUAUUAUGAUGUAUUGAGCAGUUCACCUUGAUAACAAUAAAUGGAUGAAAACUUCUCCACAAGCUGCUCACCCCCUCCCACAUUAACUUAGCCCAUCUUCACACACCCGUAACCAAUUUUUAUUCAUUUAUUUUUUUGAAUAUAUUGACAUGGGCAAAAUUACGUUGGUUAUUGUCAUAAAUUUUCGGUUUAUUGCCCAGCCCUAUAAAUUAGAUUAAAAAGUUUUAAAAAUCACUAAAAUUCUGUCUGUAGGAGUUUCAGUCAAAUUUUUGGUUUAUCGCCCAGCCCUACUCCCUACAACAACAGGCAGUAUGAGCUGGAUUUUUGCGUCCCAAAUGUCACUUUGAGGCUGUUCUGACUUUCUCUAAAGUGCAUAAAACAACAAGCUGUGAAUUACAUUAUAACAGCAUAGGCUAGCAUGCUAAUGAGGCUAAAUGAAGUGGCUGCUACCAGCUCGACUUGCAGGUUUAACUCCAGGGUGAUUUGUGACGACCAAGCUGUGUGAGAAGUAACACCCACAAGUUGUGUUUAAUGUUAUGUCACUGGGAAAGCAGCCAAUCAGAGCGCUUCAGGCAGAGGUUUUCAGGCACUAUCCUUUUCCUGGGUUUGGUCUAUUGAGAAUAAACACGUUGGCGGAACAAAAGAUGUGAAUAACCGUCUGUUUUUGCCUCCUGCAGAAAUCGCCCGACACUUUCGCUUCGGCAGCCAGGAGGACGCACACGAAUUCUUGCGGUACACCAUCGAUGCCAUGCAGAAAGCCUGUCUAAACGGCUACCCUAAGUAAGGUUUGAUCACACUUGACUCUUAAAUACACUCCUUUUGGUUUAAUAUGAAGAUAACAGUGAUUUUCUCUUCCCCCUCACCGCCUGUAGGCUGGACAGGCAGACCCAGGCCACGACGCUGGUUCAUCAGAUCUUCGGAGGUUACCUCAGGUCAAGAGGUAUUGACUUUUCUUUUUCUCCGACAUAAAUGUGGAGAAGAUUUCUUCUAAAGCUGUGCACUUCAAGCUGCUGGUAAUGCAGUAUUGAUCCAUUAUCCAGCAGAGUAGAGUGCAGACAAUAUCAACAAAAUACAGGCAGUGUUCUGCUAGACCAGCUUCACAUUGUUCAGUACUCAUAGUCUGUUUGCAUGUAUGGUACAUCUCUAUCGUUUAGGGUUUUCAAAUAAGCUUCAAGUAACUGAUCGGCUUUCUUUAAAACAACUACAAGAUGUUAUUGAGCAUGCAUUUUCUCCUUCUUUAACCACAUAUUUGAUGUUUGAGGUUAAAGCCGCAAAAUUCAAAUCCAGAUUUAAUCCUGUUUAGAAUUUUAGGCAUCCAGGAAUAUGAUUUAUGGCAACUGUUGUCUAAGGAUGCAGAAAAACGGCUGCAGCAAAGCAGAUAGAGAGCAAAAGAUGUCUCUAAUAAUCUUGAUAUAAAUUUGUUGGGCUGGGCGAUAUGGCCUCAAAUCGAUAUCACGAUAUACUAAGCAGUUCACCUUGAUAACGAUAAAUGGACGAUAACUACUCCACAAGCUGCUCACCCCCUCCCACAUUAACUUCGUCUACUUCAGCCGCUACAACUGUUGAACCGUCCUCCAUCUCCUCACCUGUCUUUCCCUCUUUGUUACGGACUGGAUGGGGUGGAGUCACGUCUCUGAUGUAGGACAGUGUCUUAAAGGGACAUGAGACCAUAGCCUAGCUACACACAUCCAAAACAAACUUAUUUAUCUAUUUUUUUACACAGAAUAUAUUGACACAGGCAAAUUGGCGUUGGUUAUUGUCGUAAAUUUCAGUAUUAGUUAAUUUUUGGUUUAUCGCCAAGCCCUAUAAAUUAGAUAUAUAAAAGCUUAAAAAAAUCACCAAAAUUCCCUUUGUAGACGUUUAAGUUAAUCAAAUCUUAAAUGAAAUGAAGAAAUCAAUGAUUUUCAGUCCUUAAAUAUGUAAUAAUUUUGUAAUAUGUAAUAGUUUUGCUCUCCACUGUUUCUGAUCAUCUUUGAUUCUGUCUUCCAGUGAAAUGCUCUAUUUGUAAAAGUGUGUCCGACACGUACGACCCUUACCUGGACAUCGCUGUGGAGAUUCGGGUAUGUAACAAAUAAUCCUCAUAUAUAUAUAAUCUCUUUUUCAAUGUUUACACUGGAAACACAGAAAAAGCAACAUUUGUCCUCUCCUUUUUCAGCAAGCAGCAAACAUCGUCCGAGCCCUGGAACUGUUUGUAAAGCCUGAUGUUCUGAGUGGAGAGAAUGCCUACAUGUGUGCCAAGUGAGUCCCAUUCAUCCAGACCCACAAAGCACUUCAUCUUUAAGCCAAUCUGCGGGGCGUUGCAAUACAUCUUCCCUUCACGGCUGCAUUUACUUAAAUCCGACGCUGCUUUUGGCUGACGGAUCAUGACUCUUUCCUUUUUUUUUCUUUCUCCUCUCCAGGUGCAAAAAGAAAGUGCCGGCGACGAAGCGUUUCACAGUCCAUCGAACGUCUAAUGUACUGACCCUUUCACUGAAGAGGUUUGCCAACUUCAGCGGGGGAAAGAUAACAAAGGUGAGCAGAGAUUUCUCACACCGUCGGCUGAACGAGAGAGCUGUCUCAUGUUCCAGCGGUCUCAUAUUUCAGCUUUUUCCUUUUUAUAGGAUGUCGGAUAUCCGGAAUUCUUGAACAUCCGCCCGUACAUGUCUCAGAGCUCAGGAGAUCCUGUUAUGUACGGCCUUUAUGCCGUCCUGGUGCACUCUGGCUACAGCUGUCACGCCGGCCACUACUACUGUUAUGUCAAGGUAAGAAGCCGCCUCGUUUUCUUUUGAGGUCGAGAAUGUGUUCUCCACGUUUUUCGCAUUACACAUUGAUUACAGAACAAAAUUAAGAUAUAAAACAGAAUAAAGUAGAAAACAGUUCAGACUUGAAAAAUCCUUUAUUUAGCAUCAGGCAACAGAAAACAGUUUGGCUGUAGUUUACACCCCUCUGCAAGAGCUCAGGGCUCCACCUUCUGUUCGGCAUCAGAAUUGUGCGCAAAUCAAAUCAAACCAAACUUCAUUUAUAGAGCACUGCUCAUGUAUGGACACACAACACAAAGUGCUUUUCACACAUAAAAAAAAAAAAAAAUGUUGACAAACAAUUACAAAUUAAGCCCCUCCCCCUCCCCUCCAUACAAUGAACACACACACACGUGCGUACACACACAGACACACUAUCACACUCUUACUACUGACAAUAGGGAGACUGGGCAUGACACUGAGAAUUGAGGAAGCACCAUCUUUGGGGCCAUCCACACUUGGAUGAGUCACAGGCUGUGCCAUCGGGGGGCAACAGAGGACCCCCCUUAGGGAAAGACUGGAAUUAAAACUAACACUAAAAGCAUAAGGUUGUCCAGGAAAAAAAAAAAACCCUGAAAAAAAUAAGUAAAAAGAGUUUAAAAGGAUAAAAAUACGUAAGAUAAUAAAUAAAAUAGUACCAAUAAUUGGUAAAACAAAUAAAGUCAUUUAAGAAUAAUAUAAACUUAUAAAACAAGAUAGAAGCAACAACAUAAAAUAAGAUGGAACUAGUAAGAAGAAUUGAAGAUACUAGUUAAAAGCCUGAUUUAAAAGGUAGGUCUUUAACCUUCCUUUAAAAAUAUAUAUAGUAUAUAUACAUGAAAUUUUUUAUAACUGUUUAUAUACAUAAAGAUAACAUCAGUCAUGUUAUCUUCAUUAUGAUUAUAUUUGAUUCAAAUAAAGAAAUUAAUGCAAUAACAGGAAAAAGUAAAGAUAUGUAACAGCUUCAACAUUAAGACUAACAUCAAAACUUUUAAAAUGAAAAUAGCCGGGCUGUGCCGAUGGAUAAAACUGUGCAAUACGAUGUAAAUGAACAGUUUAUUAAUUCAAAAUUGUAUUUAUUUGUUGCUAAUCUAAAACAUUAUAUACCUGUGGGAGUCCAGGUGUACUGCACUCUAUGGCAAAAUACGCUUUUUAAAGCAUAUCUGCCAAUCCUGUAUAUCCUCAAUAGCUUCAUACAACCAUCAAAAUCCAAACAUUGACUGUGGAGUUAUCGGAAUAGAAGAAAAUAUUCAAAUUAGUGUUUAAUGACUUUGUUAAAGAUCUGAAUUUGACAGACUCUGUGUUAAUUAGCUUUAAAUAAAGGAUAAAUCACAGUUUUCUACUUUGAGAACUGCAGUGAAAAAGUGUCUCUGCUCCGUGUUUCUCCUCAGGCGAGCAACGGACAGUGGUACCAAAUGAAUGAUUCAAUGGUGCACUCCAGCAACAUCAAAGUGGUGUUGAACCAGCAGGCUUAUGUGCUUUUCUACCUGAGGUGAGACGCUGUGAUGUGCUGCCAGAGUGUUGUCUGUUCCUCCUGGAUGUGGAGUGAAAUAAACUGGCGUCUUGAUUUGUGUGUGAAAGGAUCCCCGAAACAAAGAAGAACGCAGACGGGCAGACGACCAAGCAGGGCGUGCUGCAUUCUGGGAAGAAUAGCGCGUCGUCUGAACAGAUCAAGAGAGCCAACCUGAACGGGCCUCUGUCGUCCCCACAGGUGACAAAGGUACGAGACAGGUGUUAGCCUGUAGACUCUUGGACAGCUGGACUAAAUCUUUGCUCACUGUUUGUUUUUUUUCGAGCUGUAAACAUCAUCUACCUCUCUCCAGAAACUUGAACCUGCACAACUGCGCAAAAUCCAGUCUAUGGACGGCGGUUUAGGCUUGCCCGUUUCAAGGAACGGAGUGAGCUCUCAACCGCAGCCCCGGGUUUCCAACUGGACGUCGUCCACAAACGGCCCGCCCAAGCUGCCAGGCGGGCCCACGGUUAUCGAAGAACCUUUCAAGAAGCUGAAGAAGCCCGCUCCCCAGAGCCAAGCGCAGUCCCGCAGCAGCACUCCAACCCCUUCCAACAACGGGGUCAGCAGGACGGAGGGAGACAAAAAGCAAGGCGGCGAGGGCAGAGGCAUGGCAGCGUCUACCUCAUUCAAGUCUUUAUCUGACUCGUCCUCUGCCGACACCGUCGACUCCAAGGUAAUAUUUACUCCGAAGAAGCACAAAAACAAAAACGCUGAAUCAGAUUUGAUCAGUGAUGUGUUACAACAGCUCUGACUAACGAAAGUCAGGGUGCAAAGUCCGCUCUAAACCACAUGUUGACUGUGGAGAUGUAUCGUCCAAACUUACUAAAAUAUGAAAAAGCAUUUUAACAACGAGAUUCCUGAAUCCUGAAUCUGCAGCCAGUGAAAACAACAACAGUGACAUCGAGUGGUGAAACUGUCGACCACAACAAACAAGUAGAUGUUAUUGCGCAUUUCUACUGAGUGGUGUCUACUCUGAGCUUGAUCGCAAGAUUUAAGGUCUAAGUUGUGAUAGAAAUUACGUUUUAAAAAGAGUUUCUUUGGAUUUAAGCACAACUGGUGCAACUCGAGAAGGAGUUCAAAAUAAACCAGAGAAUUUUAAUCAAUAUUCAGGUCUAAAGAAAAUAAUCUAAAGGCACAAAGGCUGUUACUUUAGUUAAACAUCGCUGUAUUGAUGUACUAACAGAUGAAUUUUAGUGUGUUUUACUUUAAGGCGUGAAGCCAUCUUAAAUGUAAAAGUCUUCUCUCGUUAGUACCUGGGAGGAUUGUGGAAAUUUGUUGGAGGAAAUUCUAAGUCGAUAUUGAAAUAAUUUACCAGAAUUCUUGUCGCACAUUUGCUCUUUUUGGUUAUUCAUUUUUCUGUCAGAGUGAAAAAUCCAAAUUACACUCAUUAAAGUAGGCUGAAGAGGCUUUUUAACAGUCCAGUAUUCAUACUGAUAUAAAAAACAGUACUGGUAAGUUACAAUGAAAUCAAACACAUAAAAAGUUUGAAAACUAAUAAAACAAAAAAGAUGAAAAGUGAGAAAUAGCGCCGUCAUGCAGCUUUUUUUUUUAUUUAAAAAAAAAAAAUUCUUAAAGCAAAAGUCGUAACUCUUAAAUGUCUGACACCAAAAAUUAUGGCCAGAAAACUCACAUUUUUCUUUUAGCUAAAAUGUUAUUUCACUUAAUACAGAAAACCAAAAAAAUCAAAAUGUCCUUUAGAUGUUUUUAAAAACUGAUAAACGACAAGAGGACAUUUUUAUCAUUUAUCUGACUUUAUUCAGGUGUUUUUUUAGCAAUUUGUUGAUAGCACUGAUUCGUAUUGAUUCGAUAAAAGUAUCUAUCAUAUAUGAUACAAAAGGCAUUAAAGGGUUGAGUUUGCACAGUAGCAUUUGCUGUAGAUCUACUGAUGCAGAAGUCCAACAUGCUCCUUUUUCAAUAAUGCAUUUAAACAUUUCAGACUUCAAGCUCUGUGAUUGGUCCUCUCGAUGGCAGAUAGAUCCGUCUAAGUUUUGCUCCUUUGCAGUCGUUGCAGGAUGAUGAACUGUCACUCACGUUCAACGGCUCUAACUUAAACAUCACGCGAUCUGACUCAGUUGCCAUGGUUUCCUGUACACAAACAAAUAGGGAACAUAGCACGACCUGAAACCGGUGAUAUGAUAAGCAAGGAAGUCGCACUGCUGAUUAGCAUUUUGUCGACAUAGCAAUGUGAUAUUUAUACAACAUAAAAUCUGUUGGUAUAGCUGAAGUCGACUCUGACACUGAGCCAAUAUGUCCCUCCAUCUUUACUCAGAACACACACACUCUACAUACUCUUAACCGCAGCCUGUGAUUCCCUCUGUGUCCACUAGGACUCUGUGGGUCCCAAAAGCGCGCCGGUAGGAGAGACUCCCUCCACCCCACGGAAAGGGUCGAACGGCGUGGCGUCCCCAGCCAAGAGCGUGGAGCGCUCUCAGAGCACAGAGGAGCAGAAGAGCGCGAAAAUCAAACCCCCCGCCCUCAACAACAUCAACUCAUCUGAAGCCACCAGCACCAUGUCACCUCCGCCCGCCAAGAAGCUGGCGCUGUCAGCCAAGAAGGUGAAGCUCAUUCCCAUCCACAGCAGGAGCGCGGCCUCCUGUCUGAGUGAACGAUUGUUUUCAGCUUCCUGUUAUUUCACUCAAAACUGCUAUUAUACCGUUCGUUUCAAGAAGUAGCUAAACUAAGGCGAGUAAUCUCUUCUUUUCCAGUUGAUUUCUCUUGAUAUAACGAGUUAUUCCUCCAGCGUGCACGUCUAAUCAACCACAUGGUUUAGAGUUUGUCUUCUUUUUCCUUUAUUUUGUCCUUUUUUUUCUAACCAUUUCUAAUUCUUCUCUGCCAUACCCUUUCCUCCUUGUUUCUCCCCCUUCAUCUUUUCCUGCCAUCCUUUUUUUAACCUUCCUCUUCCUUAUUUUUGUCACAUCAUGGCUAUUUUUUUUAGACCACCAAGUUUUUAUUUAUGUCGAUAACUGCAGGCUCGCAGCCAGAACCCGAGCAGCAUUGAUGCUCUGCCCCCUUCGCCACGCCAGCUGUCCAGUGACCCCACGCAUCAAAAACAAUCAACCCCCUCAUCUUUGCCUCGCCGUCUCACGCUCACAGGUAUGAACGAUUUAACCGCCUAUAAUCACACGACAUUUUGAAAGGAAAUUGAGCAAAACAUUCAGAUGUUUUGUCGUCUUUUCCCUCCAGAGCUGGUCCAUUCCAUCCCCCUAAAGUCCAGUCAUCAUCGCAGCUUUUCGCCCCCAAACAGAAACAGCCCCUCCUCUCCACGCCGCAAAAAACCAACCCCAGCUUUUCUCCCCAAACAAACGGGCUUCACAGUAUCAGCCCAAAGAGCCCCAAGUCUUCCAACAACCUCAGCUCCCCGGUGAAAGAAGCAGACCUCAACAAGUCCAACCAAAAGAAGAAGAAGAAGAAAAAGAAGCGACGACACUCAGAGGUGGAGAACGAAGCCGAGCCAGUCCCGUCCCCGGACGCCAAAGCGAACCAAAGCAGCCUCGAGGAAUCUGCGAGCGAGAAAAAGAGGAAGAAGAAAAAGAAGAAGCGAAAGAGGGAGAGCGAAGACGGAGGCGAAGCGAAGAAGAGGGAGUGUGUGCCGUCUCAUCUGGACGCGUCAAACCAGGACGAGGAUUGGUGUCAGGGCGGCAUCUGGAGUCUCACAUCCAAUCCAGGGACAGAGCAGACUCAGGAAAAGCCUCGAGUAGAUGCAGCAGCUCCUUCGGUGCAGCGUGAGCCAAAGCAGAGCGAGCAGGAGAGCGAGUCUGUGAAGUUAAAAAAGAAGAAGAAGAAGAAGAAAAUGCAAGUUUUGGAGCAGGAUACAACCGCAGCACGCUCUGCACCGGAGAAGUGAGUGUUUUUGUUCCUGACAAUCGCCAUAGUUGUUGAAAAUGAACCUUUUAUUAUUUAUAAGUUGUAAAUUAUACCUCCAUAGAUUCCUUCUCUUCUACGUUACUAUGAAAACAUCUUUUAAUCUCUUCACUUUCCUCCAGCAGCGCUUCAGAGAUGAAGACAGCGGUAAUAGAGAAUCAUACAGAAGAUCCGGCUGUGUUGAAAAAGAAACUAAAGAAGAAAAAGAAGAAGAGGCUAAAAGAGGAGGUGGAGCAAAGCACAGACGUGAAGGACCAGGAGUCUGAAGCAGCAGCAGCAGAAGAAGAAGAGCCCCCCUCCAAAAAGACCAGCACAGAGAACGGCAGUCUGAGUCGACAAAGCGCAGGUAUGUUGAACCUGAGCGGCUGUUUGAUUGUUCCUACACAUCCGAAUGUUUCUUACUGAUAUAUACUUCAAUUCAAAUCCAGCCGCAGUUGUGAUGUGGGACAGCCAAGUGAGAGACGGCUAUAAACGCAGCAAACCUCCGACCGCCGAUGAGGACAAACCGGCCCGUUCUGCUCCUGCAGGCUGGGAUGGAAAAAAGACCGGCGGGGUGGUGGAGGAGCUGCUCAGGAACGCCACGGAUAAAGCCUAUGGAGCCAACGGUAGAGAGAUAGAUAUUUGUGAAUCAAUCAGUUCAGUCAUUCCCUGCAAGAACAUUGAAUAUAAACUCUUGAUUUAUCUUAUCUAGUCCUCAGCUGGGAUGGAGAUGUCUCUGCCAUCAGUAAAGACGCUGCUGAAGAUGUCCGCAUCGCCCAGAGUGACACUGUGAUCGACGAGUGGGAUGAAGACUUUGACAGGGGAAAGGUGAGUCGGCGUUCGCAGGAAAUUUGCAGUAAAAAUAAAAUUAACCAAGAUGCAUGUCUCAUUAAAUCCCAUGGCAUAUUGUUUACACUCUUCCUUUCUUUAUCUCUCGUGUGGCGAAUGCACAGGUGAAGAAAAUCAAAAACUAUAAGAGAGAGAAAUGGAGAGGCGGCGGCAGCAUCUUCCAGAAGAUUCAGGACAGGAGGAACAAGUGGUCCGUAACACCCGGAGGGAAGAGAGUUUUCGGAGUCCGGCGCUGA